CAUACGUGUGAGUGUAUGAUGUGCAAGACGCCAAGACCUACAGAGGCAGCACUAGUCACCCGGCGAUGUAAACCUUAGCUCUAGGUGACUGUCACUUUUAAAGUGAAACCACGGCCCAUGUGCUGCUUCCGCCCUCUAAUACUUCUCAGCUGAUAACUGCGUACACUCGAUGAAAGAUUGGUACCCGGAUGACCUCAUUGCUCUAUACUUCCAUUGCCCCGCCCAGGCCUCCCCGCCCUGUAUCCGCCCCUCCUCUACUUUCCUUUCCGGGUUGGAGACCAGUAGCUGACUAGAAGUGAAGGAAUGGUGAUUACAAGAUGAGCUUAAAGCCUGAAAGGAGAGGGAUCCACGUUGACCAAUCUGAGCUGCUCUGCAAAGAUGGUUGCGGUUACUAUGGCAACCCUGCUUGGCAAGGCUGUUGCUCCAAGUGCUGGCGGGAAAGGACUCGCAGACAGCAGCAGAAGAACCAAAAGGAUCACCCACAAGCGAUUGGGGGCAGGAAUGAUGGCACAUCUCCUACAUCUUACAUUUUUUCCAAAUUUGAGGAGAAGAAAAGUAGUGAGAAAGCACGAAGAGCAAACACUGUGAGGAAACUUUUUGGAAGCUCCAAACAACAGUCUAAGCCAGAAAAUGUGGCUGUUCAUUUGUCAAGUGUACCAUCCACUCAGCAAUCCAGAUCGAGUGACUUCUCAGAGUUCCUGAAGUCAUUAAGGAAACCAUCAUCGCAAUUAAUUCAAAACCGCUGCCUCUCCUUCAUCGAGUCUCUGCAGGGAAGAAGGGAUUUGACUGUAGAGCAGCAGUCGGACCAUGUGCAGGACUUCUAUCAGAGUAUGGCAACACAUUUCACUGACUUCACAGGUUACCCUUCAGAUCGUAGUGAUAAAAUGAUGGAUAACAUUGAGAAGAUGAUAAUGACACAGUUGUACAAGUCUGUGUUCUGCCCAGACACCUCAGAUGAUGAGCAGAAAGACCUGCUGAUUCAGAAACGAAUACGCAUGCUGCACUGGGUUACAGCAGAAAUGCUAAGGACACCAUUAUGCGAGGAACAAUCAGAAGUCAAUGACAAUAUCCUGAGUGCAAUAACAGCAAUUAUUGAAAUGGAUUCCAAGCGUGCCCCACAGGAUAAACUUUCCUGCAUCUCCAGGUGUAGUAAUUACAUUUUCAAAGCCAUCCAAGUCUCCAGGUCAUCCCCUGCCACCGCUGAUGAUUUUCUCUCUUCACUGAUUUAUGUGGUUUUGAAGGCUAACCCCCCACGCCUGCAGUCUAACAUUCAGUAUAUCACUCGAUUUUGCCACCCUAAUCGACUAAUGAUGGGACAAGCUGGGUACUGUUUCACAAAUCUGUGUUGUGCUGUGACGUUUAUUGAGAAAUUGGAUGCUCCAGCUUUAAAUCUGACUCAUGAAGAGUUUGAUCAGUACAUGCGGGGCCAGCGAGCACCAGUUCGAAGGAUUCCACCUUUUCUCCUCCAAGAAGGUUGUCCAGGACUGAAACAGAUGCAAAAGAACCAGGAGCUCCUGACUGAACUACAUGCCCGUCAGGAUAAGAUCCUCAUGGAAGCUAAGAGAUUUGAGAAGGAACUGAAUGAGUGGACCAUGUCUAUCUCAAGUCAGGUGGAAGAGAUUAUUGCAAAAUUCCCACUCACUUCUAGUGUUUCAAAAAUGUGAAGUUUUGGGCGUUUUCCUAAGGAUUGACCUACCUUAGGGUAACGUCCCAGGAGUGACCUGAACAGAUCAAGACUUUAAAGCAUGAGUAUUAGUCACCAGUUCUCCUGUACAUCUGUGGAGGAGAGAAGUCAGUUUAAACUGCAGCUCACAUUCUAUUUGUCAAUGUUGAAGCCCUUUGCAACAUGCUGGCGUCUUUUACAUAAUGGCAGUCAGAUUAGUAAUCAUAAGAAUUAAGAGUCUGUUCAGGCAGUUGCUGAAUAUAUUUUGGUUACAAAUAUUAAUACACGGUAUGCUUGAAGAUGGUUGACUAGCCCUUCUGAGGAACUUGCUGCAAUAAAGCAUACUUUGUUUUCAAAGGAUUGCAGUUUCCAGAUGGACCUUAGAUCUGUUCUAAAGAGGUGGUUCCUCUUCCUUUUGUAUUGGAGAUGGAUUGUAUUUUCUGCUGUAAAUCAUUGCCUUUCUCUUUGCAGAAACUGUGAAUAAUAUAAAACAAAAAAGCACACUGAA